AUGUCGUUAGGCGGUGUUUCCGCUGCUCCUGCGACGCCUUCCAUACUCAACGGCCUUGCUUUGGCCCUUCCACUUCCUCCCCAGGCUGCUCCACAGAUAUCCACAGACCCAAGACUAGAGGAGUUGAGGAAACAGAUUGAGGACCAGGGCGAAGCUCCAUUCAUGAUUGACAACGGCAUGAUCUUGAGAGCUGCUCCUAAGAAGAGAACAUCUCACCGUAGAAGAAGAGAAAAGUUAUAUGCUUCUGGUGACAAGAAGAUCAAGCCUUUGGAGAACUUGGUGAGAUGCCCAGCGUGUGGCCACGUCAAGAGAUCCCAUUUCAUGUGCAUGCACUGUUUUGCCGAAAUCAGAACGUUCUUGAAGGAGAAGAAGAAGGCUUUGUUCCCAGAACCCAAGAAGCCCCAGCUGGACUUGGAUCCUGUGGAUGAGAGAAUCAUUUAUCCAAUGAGAAAACUCAAACCUGAAGAGAUUCAGCUCAAGUUGAGAGAUUGGGUUCCUAAGAGAGAGAAGCCUUUGAUGCAUAACAAGGAGCAGACGAGAAAGAAGUGA